AUGGCGACCUCGCCCCCGGCCUCGCCGGGAGGAAUCCCUCAAAGGCCCAUGAGCGCCAUCGCAAGAGCCCAUCCUAGAAGCAGCAGCAGGUUGAGCAUGACGAGCAAGGCUGGAGGCGGGAGCAGAGCCUCAGACGACGAAAGUCGGACGGCGGUCAAAGUCGCCGUUCGAGUACGACCGCCGUUGAACCCUAACGAUCCUGGAUACGAUCUGAUUCCGCAGCGAUUUCAACGAGCUAUGGUCCAAACGACCUCCGAUACCAGCCUGGCAAUCGAUUCUCCACAAGGCCGCAAACUGUUUGUUUUCGACCGAGUCUUUAGCUCUGAUACACAACAGGAGGGUGUGUGGGAUUAUGUGUCGGACUGCAUUGGUGCUUUCACUCAAGGCUACAAUGUAUCCUUGAUGGCAUAUGGCCAGUCUGGUGCUGGAAAAUCAUACACCAUGGGUACUUCAGGCCCAGGUGAACAAUAUGACCAAGAACUGAUGGGUGUUAUUCCUAGAGCUGCCAUGGCGCUCUUUGAAAAGCUCGAUACUCCCGAGACCCCAAAGUCCAAAGCCAAAGCGAAUCGCAGUUCUCUUUCCCAUCUCAAAGGCCCAAGGGGAUUUAGCCAGCAGAAUACGCUUGGUGACCGCGAGUGGUCGCUGAAGGCUACAUAUGUCGAGAUUUACAACGAACAGCUUCGCGAUCUCCUCGUCCCUGAAACGACACCGUUGAACGAGCGCGGCAAUGUGGCCAUUCGCGAAGACACAAAGGGAAACAUCAUCUUGACAGGCCUUCGACAAGUCGACAUCAACUCGGUGGACGACCUCAUGAAUGCUCUGAACUUCGGCUCCUCUAUUCGCCAGACCGAUGCCACGGCUAUCAACGCCAAGUCGUCGCGAUCCCAUGCGGUUUUCUCACUUAACCUUGUUCAGCGCAAGAAUAAGUCGUCAGGCCAGGGCGCCGAGAAGCGCUUCUCCGUACCACUCGAAGCGAUGACGGGCCAGGAUGUUACUGUGACAACCGACAGCAAACUUCACUUUGUGGAUUUAGCUGGAAGUGAAAGACUGAAGAACACUGGAGCUCAGGGCGAUCGAGCAAAGGAGGGUAUCUCUAUCAAUGCCGGUCUUGCCGCCCUCGGUAAAGUUAUCAGCCAGCUUUCGUCAAGAAACCCUGGCUCCCACGUCUCGUACCGCGACUCUCGACUUACCCGACUGCUACAAGAUUCGCUCGGUGGUAAUGCCAUCACUUAUGUGAUUGCCUGUGUUACACCGGCCGAAUUCCACUUGAGCGAGACCCUGAAUACCGUCCAGUAUGCCCAACGAGCUCGAGCCAUUCAAUCGAAACCACGCAUUCAGCAGAUCGAAGAGGGCGACAAGUCAGCUGUGAUUGACCGCCUCAAGGCUGAGGUUGCCUUCCUCCGUGAACAAAUUCGCAGUGCCGAACAUGGCGGCAACAGCCCUCGACGUAACGCGCAAGGAAUUACUGAUCGAUCUGAUCGUCAAAACGAGCGCGAGACUGAGCUCCAGAACCAACUACUGGACACUCAAGAGAGCUAUACCGCCUUGAGCCAACGCCAUGCUCGACUGAUUGCUGAGUUGGCGCGCGCUCGUGAAAAUGAAUCUGGAGCGGACCACCAUGAGGAGUCAGGCGAUACAGCAGAUGACCGCCUCAACCGUUCGAAUUCGUUCGCGCAAGCCGUUGAGCAAGUUGUUAUGGAAUACGAGAAAACCAUUCAGUCUCUCGAGCAGUCUCUCUCUUCUACUCGCGGCACUCUCUCUAAUACCGAGGCUAACCUUCUCGAGAAGGAGACGAAAUGCGCUUACGUGGAGACUAUCAACUCCCAGCUCCAGAGCCGUCUCCAGAAGCUCAUGGACCGAGAGAAUAACACUGAGAGUUACCUCCACGAUCUUGAGGCCAAGUUGGAUGGACAUACCAACGGCGAAGAGAAGAACGCCACGAUCAUCAUGGAACUUCGUAAGGAGAUUGCCCGUGUUCGAGAGAAUGAAGCGUCAUGUGAAGACUAUAUCUCGACCCUUGAAGAGCGUCUUGCUGAGGCGGAUCAAGAUACCGAGUUGAUGCAACGCGAAAUUGACAGACUUGAGCAAGUUGUUGAACGACAAAGAAGUCUCGGUAAGCUUGACUCGCUUCUCCACGAGCUCGACCAAAUCCAAGAUGGCAAGGAGCCCGGGACCGAGAACGGAACCGACCAGAAUGCUGAGCAAACCAACGGUGUUGCGGCUCGUCGUGCUAUGGCUGAACACUCUCGAAACCUUUCCCACGUUAGUCGCCAUAGCCAAAUGGAGGACCCAAUUCCUGAAGGUGACGAGGAAGAUCAUCCCCACACCAAGAUUGGCCCUGUCAAGGAAGUGGAUGAGGACCUUCUGCGUCUUGAGAAGCCAAGCGAAGAGGGCCCUCCUCAAAGCCCAGCUCAAUCCAAGUUUGUUGCUGACAAGCUUGAGAACGUUACCCAAGAGCUUAUUGACUUGCGCGUGGAGCACGAGUCGACUCUUCAUGACUACGACUCUCUCCACGCCAAGUACGAGGAUGCUAUGCGUAAGAUUGCUGAGAUGCAGGAUGUUGUUGAUGAGGCCCGCCAUGUCAACCCCAAGCGCGAGUCGGUUAUUUCUGUGGCCACACCAACCCAUACCCGCCCCGAGUCUUUCCUUUCGUACUCUAGAACAAAUGAUCUGAAGGCUGGGCCGAGGUCAUCCUUUACACGAUCGCUCUCUUCCGAAUUAUCCUCAGCCAUGGAUUCUCCUGCCACUGCCGCUUCAUCGAACGGUGACAUCUUGUCUGAUGAUGAAACUGCUACCACGAAGCCUGCAGCCGUAUCGACCGAGAAUUUGCCUCAGGACGACAACGUUGAGAUCGCUGCUGAGCUCCAAAGACUGAAGUCGAUGGCCCAGGAACGCGAAGCUGCUGAAAGAGAAUUGGCCGAGAGAUAUGCCCAGCUCGAGUUCAAGCAUAACGAGACCCUCGAUAUUGUUGAGGAGCUCAAGACUGACCUAUCUCGCGCCCGUGUUAUGGAAGCUACAUCACCUCGUUCCAGCACUCCUGUCAUUCGACGCAAGUCAAGUCAGAACCUACUCGUUGUCGACCGUGCCCAGCGCUCAUUUUCAUCACUCCGUAACAUUGUCUCUGAGCAUUUUGGUGAUCAGCCCGAGGCCAUGCAGAGCUUCGAGCUGAACUUGAAUGCCGCUAUCCACGAACUGCACGUCAGGAGCGAACGCAUUCAGGAACUAGAAGCAGACGUCGCAGCAGCGAAGAAGGAGAUGGAGACCAAGAUGACUAUUAUCUCGGGAUUGACGAGAGAGCGAUCCAGUCUCAAGGCCAGCCCUGUAGAGAUGUCCAUGGUGGCAACACUACGAGACCAGCUUGAGCAGAACGAAAGACAGCUUUCUGAUACAAGGAACGCCCACAUGGCUCGUGAGCAAGCACUCACAACUGAGCUUGAGUCUCUGCGACAAGCACUUGCUGCCAAGUCUAGUCUCCAGGAGCCCGACAAUGCUGACUCCAAGCACGAGCAGCGUGUUGCCGAGCUCCAGACCGAGCUUGCCACAUGGGAGCAGAAGCACAAGGAGGCCCUUGACUCCAUGGCGACGACAGAAACCCAAAUGCGGGGUACGAUUGAGGAGCUUGAGGCUCGAGUUGUAUCCAACCAUGCUCAAAUCUCCGCAGCUCGAUCCCAGAAUGGCGAUAAGGAUGAGCCAAACAGCGAAGCUGAGCAGCGACAACAGAACCUCAUCAGCUUCCUUCGCAACGAGAUUGACGAGUACAAGGCGAUCAUCAACAGCAACGCUACCAAGGUUGCUGAACUUGAGCAGGCUCAUGCUGCUGCUCGCGCCGAGUUGGAUGAGCUCCACAAGACUCACAACGCUUUACAGGAGGACAACUCCCGUCAGCUAGAGCUUAUUGCCAAGCUUCAGGAGCAGAUCGCGACCCAUGAUGAGGGUGCAAAGAGUAACGAGACAUCGCUCGAGGAGCUCAAGGCUGAGCACGCUAAGGCCCUGGCUGAUCUUAAGACGACCGAGCAGAAGGGCUACGAAGAGCAAGUUGAAGUAUUGUUGUCUGAACAUGCUGAGAGCGCUCACAGACUGGAGACUGAGCUUGCAGAGGUUCGCGAUGAGCUCAACAAGGCAGCUUCUCAUGCCGCCAUGGCUCUUGGUCUCGACGCCGAUGCUGAGAAGUUAUUGGAGCGUAUCGAUGAGCUUGCUGCCAGCAAGAAGGCUCUUGACUCGGAGCAGGCCAAGCGGGCCGAGAUUGAGUCACAUGUUAACGAGCUCACAUCUAUUAAUGAGAAGAUCAUGAAGGAUCUUGAAGAUGCCAAGGUUGCUUUGGCUGAGAUGCUUGAUGGAGGUGCUGGUUCUGGUCCUCUGGUUGAACAGAUCAAGAUCGCCAAGAAGAGGAUGACAGAUCUCGAUGACCGAAGCAAGAAGAACAGCAGACUUGUGGAGGAGCUUGAGGAGCAGCUCCAGAAUAACUUUGACGAGGUUCAAAUCACCAAUAACCGGUUGAGCACCCUGCAGACUGAGCGCAACAGUCAAUUGGUCGAGGCCAAUGCCGCUACUGCACGCCUCACUGCUGAAUUGCAAGUCUUGAAGGAAGAUUAUGCAGCUCUCCAGGCUAAGAUGGACGAGGUGGCGGCUGGCGUCCAGCGGUCAAACUCUAACUCAACCAUUCGCAAGAGCGCAUCUCACGUCUCUCUGCCAUCACCCCCACCAGCUAUCCCUCUCCCCCCUCUACCAAACGGUGCGGGAUCUCCCGUCAAUGGAGCUCCCAGCUCACCUACCAAUGGACGUCCCAUCAGCAAGGACAACAUCAACAUCUCUCAUAUCACUGAAGACCAGGAAGCGCGUAUCCGAACCAUCGAGAAGCACCUUAAUGCGGAGCGUCAGCUUACCCAGACACUCGAGGAGGCUCUUACCGACCUGGAAAGGCAAUCUAAUAAAGUUAAGGCCGAUUGUGAUGCCUGGAAGAAGCGUGCGAGUGAGCUAGAGGUCGAGGUCAAGGAGCUCAAGGACCGUCCUCCCCCCGAGCCUGUUCAGGACAACAGAUGGAGUCUCCAAGCUGUGGAGGAGGAGCGCAAGAAGCGACAGGCAGCUGAGGCCGCGCGCCGCCAGCUCGAGGAGCGUAUGAAUGCCAUCAACAAGGGCAAGAAGAAGAAGGGAAGCUUGAACUGCUUCUAG